UUAGUUCGAUCGGUACGGACGGACUCCAGUUAAAAGUGGAAACCUGCAGCUUCUACUGCUGUUUUCUGGAACCUGAAGAACCGGAAAGGCAGUGUGGCCUGGCUCUCGCGUUUUCAAGAACUCCGGCCAGUGAUCGCACCGCCGACGUACCCGCAAUGAUGGCCAGCGAGCAGAGGGCCUCUUGAUAUGCCUCAAGCAGAGGUUCCCUGCACUGACGCAGACAAGCCUGGACAUGAGCAAAAUUCAGUACAACAAGGAUGUGGGCAAGUCGAUCCUGGAGAGCUAUUCGAGGGUUUUGGAGAGCCUGGCUUCGAACAUCGUGGCGCGCAUCGACGAUCUUCUCAACAUCGACGAGCUGAACAGGCACGUGGAGCAACUGUCGUCGGGUGAAGCCGACCUAAAGAUGGCGUGCGGCAGGGCCGUGGUGCCGCCCUACCAGCAAGUGCCUGCCUCGGGCACGCCGUUCGUGACGGCGUACGCCACGCUGAGCUUCUCCCCGGGGCGGCUGUCGAGCCCGAGGACCUCGGUCGGUGCCGGCAGACGGUCUCAGGGCAGCAGGGCUGCCGCCGCCGCGAAGAAGGCCUUGACGGACCAUCUCGGCCCGUCGGAGGUCAGGGGGAUGAUCAUCGUGAACCGGAGCACGAUGAUCGAUGUCUCGACGACCACGGACCUGUGAGGCUAGGCCGGUGGACGGCUCGUAGAAUUGCCUGUCCCUCUGUGCAUAAGUGUGUCCUUCAUUUGUGCUCACGUUCUUACUGUGUUUUUAACUCUUAGUGCUUAGCUAUGGAGUACCGCUGCUGCUUCUUUUUGCGAGAAGAAGCUGCUAUGUAUCGUUGCUCGCCUUCAACAGAAGAAUGGAAAA